UCCGCAAGCUGCUGGUGCUGGCCGGGCUGACCCAGGCUGAGCUGCUGAAGCUGAGCCCUGAGCUGGGGGUGUGCGUGACAGGCGUGCUGGAUGAUGGUAACGAUGAGCUGUCCCAGGAUGUGAGGUCAGGACAGGCGCUAGAAGAAAAGGAGGACGGCGAGGGAAGAGAAGCUCAAGAAGGAGUAGAGAUAAUGAGGGAUGAAUGGAGAGAGGAAGACAAGAAACAAAGACUGAGAGAAGUAAAGGAGUCAGGCAGUAGAGAGGAUGAGCAAGAAGGAUCAUUAGAGGAAAAGAUGGAGGAGAAGAACAGAGACACCUUUAGGACAACCUCAUUUACUGAGAUGGCAAGAAGGCGCAAGCGAAAUGGCAGCAACAGUAACUCCAGCUGCAACUGUGGGCACAGUCUGGAUAUUAAACCAAACCCUGAUUCUUACUACAGUACAGCUCAUUGUAAUUCAAAUAACUCUGUGCCUAUCUGCAACAACAAUUAUGAGUACACCUCGAUGAUAGAGCCGCCUUCUCCUCCUCCUCCGCCCCCUCCUCGACCCUUACCACCCUGCCCCCCAACACUCCCCUUGCCACCUCUCCAACCCCCCCUGACUUUGUGUACUGUCCCGGCCAAUGCAUCCCGGCCAGAGCGCUUUGAUUGGCUGAUAGCCUUCUCUCCAGACACAGAAACACCUCCCUUUGGAGUUGAGGUGUCAGGUCAGGGCAGUCCACACAAGUUUGCGAUGGGGUCGAAGGUCACCACUUUUAAAGAGCUGCGCUACCGAAGCAGACAGAACCCACAGCCUCCUCCAGUCCAACCGGAACCCGACCCAACAGUCAUAACCCCUGAUCCGGACUUCUUGUACAACCUGAAAUGGAGGAGAGAGAAGGCUGACGGAGAUGGCACCCAGUGGGAGUACACAUCUCAAGCACAUUCCGCCUUCCUUCAGCCACAACCUACCAGAUCACUGACCUUCAUCAAGGAGAUGCUGCAGGUCCCAGAUGGGGGUGGACUGCCGGACUUUGGCCCCCCGCAGCGUAUUGGCUGCUCUGCCAGCGAUGGCAACCUUUGGACUGCAGGGGGCAACAGGGAGGGAAAGAGAGAGAAGGAGGAAGAAGGAGGGGUGAGAGGAAGAGCAGAUGGAGGAAGGAACUUGGAAUCAAGAACAACAGCAGUCCGUAGCGUGUCAUUUGCUGGCUCAGUGCAGAAAGGCGGGGCCUGGAUGGCCAAUGAUGUGAGGGGUCCUCUGAGAGGUCAAGAGCUGUCUUCUUUGUGCCUCCAGGAAAAAAGAGCUCUCCUCAGUGCAGUCAGUGUUGCAGUGGAGGCCAUUCUGGCACAGUUCAGCUCUUCUCGAACCCUCGUCCAGAAGGCCCAGUCAGGUGACAGCAGCAUAAACCCUUCUCUGGGGCGGCUGGUGCUGCAGUGCCUGUGCCCGGCUCUCCGCAGCCUGCUCUCUGACGGCCUCAAGCCCCACCAGAGUGACCUCAUUGCAGGCAGGAGGCCAAAUUCGCCAUGGGGGCUGGUACAGGCCUCCACGCGGCCAGGCCCCAGCACACAGGCCUUGUACAACCUGCAGUGUCGAGUCGCUGAGCUGCCCCAGCUCAGGCAGAACAGGCAUAGGUUCAAUGCCUUCCUGCUCGGCCUGCUCAACAUAAAACUCUUGGAUUACUGGCUGUCACAUCUGCAGUCCUGUGAUGAUGUACUGACGACAUACUACCAUCCCAAUUCCUUCAUGCGUCUGUCGCACACUUCCUGUCAGCCCCUCUUUGACGAGCUCCUCCUCCUGCUGCAGCCGCUGUCCCUCCUAACAUUUAACUUAGAUUUACUCUUCCAGCACCACCACCUUGACCCCGCCUCCCCUGGCCUCUCCCCGGCCAAUCACAGUCCAGAAACACCCAGCCCGGCCAAUCAAGACUGUAGUGUCAGAAUCUCUCCCAGGGGGAUUUCCCUCGGCAGUAGGCCUACCUUAGACAUUGUGUCAGAGCAGGACUUCAGGGAUUUGGAACCGGCUGAGGCUGCUCAGAAAACAACAGCUUCACCCAACCGUGUUGUUGAUAGUGAGUUAGAUGAUCAAGCCAGUCACAGUCCGGUGCCAGGAAUGGCUUCGGCCAGCAAGGGAGAGACAAGCCCGCAGCUUCAGUGGGUACGGGAGACAGAAAUUUUGCCCCCUAGUGUUGGCAGCCUCUCUCAACAGGCUGGCCAGGUUAUACAGCAGGGAUGGGGGGCGGUAGUGCGCUGGGGUGAGCGACUGGGGCAAAACUGGGGCAAUUACCAUACAUCUAGUGCAGCUGGAUCUGAGGGGGACAAGCCCCCUCCUCCACCACAGGACAUUUCAUCAGGAAGUUCCUCAAGCACUCUUAUUCAGCCUGAUCUCAUCAGUCAUCAAUCCCCGUGCGACUCUUCUCCUGAAAGCAGUCCCACAGUCCCCUGGGGUCUGGGCAGACUUUUUGGGGCCUCCAGGGGACAGAAAAAUGCUCAGACACGCACACCUUCAGCUAGGCGUCCGUCCCAUUGGCUUGCCCCUGGCGUUUCUGUUCUGAGCCGCAUAGUAAGUCCCACCCAGAACCCAGUGCCUGAAGAAUGCAGGAGAGAUUCACCAGAGCAGAAGGAGACGGAGGAGACAGAAGACAAGGGAAGACCUCUCAGGUCAGUGCGAACCCUGUGUGACCACACGGGCACAGGUGAAGAGCUGAGCUUCCAGAAAGGGGAGGAGCUGGAGGUGCUAGAGGGUGUCGACCACGACUGGGUUCGUUGUCGUCGGGGAGACAAGGAGGGGCUCGUUCCCAUUGGUUAUACCUCCCUGAUUAUGUGACUCCAGCAGUUCUGACUGGAUGAAAACAUCAGGAAGGGUAGCAGUGUUGAAAUAACCUGCAGCAAGGCUUAUCAACUCCGGUCCAGAAGGACCUUACUUCCUGUUUCCUUUCAUUCCAGCUAUUCAAGUAAUUAUUGUCCAAUGUAAGAAAUUCAGCUUCCCUUCCUCUUUCUGAGAGUGUUCAUGGUUUAAGUCAUGGACACCGGAACACCUGUGUGGACUGUGGCCGUUCAGGACCGGAGUUGUGUAGCUGAGACAUAACAUACCCUUAAUCUCAAAAAGAGAGGAAAAUAGUGAUUUAGUGAUUAGUGGCUGUGUUUAAUGUCCAUCUCUCCUCUCUUUACCCAGGUUUGUGUUUGAAAUGUUUCUGCUACUAUUAGUGUUCAGUUGAAAACCAUGUAAAACUGAAUGUAUAAAUAUAAAUAUAUAUAUAGGAAUAUAUAUUGAAUUUGCAUUGGAUGGACAGAUAGGCAGAGACAGAAACUAGGUCAUAUCAAGUUAAAAACAAUUACCACAGACAAAGAGCUGAUGAGAGUUGUGAAAUAGCACAGUCUGUUAAUUGUAUCAUUCAAUGUCAAUCAUCAAUAUAUCACAUACACACUUAAUUUGCAAUCCUGCUUAAAUAUCACUCACUAUAAUUUGCUUUGUAGUGUGCUGAAAGAAAAUGAGUGUGCAUUGUGUCAGUAAAAUAAGUAUCAAAGAGCUUUUAAGUGUUUUCAUUAUAAUGGAAUAAGCUAUUACAGUUACCAAAAUCUCUAGCACUAUUGAAUAGAUGCAGCUGUUUAUUAUAGAGAAACAGACAAUAUAUCACAAAUUCUCAGAGUGAAACAAAUACAAUACCAAUGCAAAACAAUGUUACAUACAGAAUAUAUCAGCCAUGUUAUGAGUAGGCAUAGCAAUACUAAGGCU